AAAUCAUCCCAACAAACUCAAAUCAUUCUCAGACAGAGAGAGAAAUGGAAGAUGAGAGGCCUAAAAGUGGGCCAAAUGGGGCCAAUAGAGGUAGUCCUGAGAGCUCAUGUUCAAAGAACAAUAACAAUGACAAGAACAACACCCACCACAACAAAGAACAAGACCGGUUUCUUCCGAUAGCUAACGUGGGUCGGAUCAUGAAAAAGGUGAUUCCUGGCAAUGGAAAGAUCUCUAAAGACGCGAAAGAGACGGUUCAAGAAUGCGUGUCAGAGUUUAUUAGCUUUGUUACCGGGGAAGCAUCCGAUAAAUGCCAACGCGAGAAGAGGAAGACAAUCAAUGGAGAGGACAUCAUAUGGGCUAUCACCCUCCUGGGGUUUGAGGAUUAUGUCAACCCGCUAAAACAGUAUCUCGCAAAAUAUAAAGAGUUGGAAGGAGAGAAGCUUCAUUUUCCAAAACAACAACCACAACCACCAGCGCCACCACAACAACAAGUACAACCCCACGAGCGCGAACAAAAUAUGCCAUACAAUAGUGUAUAUACACCGGCAAAUCUCAUCUCUCAACCAUCUUUCGUCACAACUGAUCAAUCGUUUUCGCUGCCUUUCCCACAAUCUUCAAUGCAGAAACAAUUGCAACAACAAGAACAUAUGGAUUCAGUGGGACACUGGUGAAAACAGAAUAUGGAUUAAAUCCUUCAAUGUUGGACAUAGUGCAUUUUGUAUAUACGUAUAUAGUUAGUUUGCAUGUAAUGAUAUAAUUAAAAUUUUCUCAAUUCCCCUUUUAUCGUGGCGAUUUAAUUUCUAGAUAAACAUAAAUAGUUCGAAUUACAGUAUGUAAAUUCAACACGAUACAUAUGAUUUCAUAUGAUUCAACUUUUGUUGUUUCAAUUGCAUGCAUUCCAAAAGCUCAUAUUCAGAUAACGUGCA